AUGAACCGUCUUCGAUAUUUCUCGUCGAAGACGCCGCCGGUGGAGGCGUACAAGCAAGCAAUGUCUUCAUUCGGGUCGCAAGCCAUGAUCCUGACAGCGCCAGCUUUAUCGUCGUCUGUGUCCGAUUUGCACGGAAUGACACUUUCCUCGGUGAGCUCGCUCACCGUCAGUCCUGAACCCAUGGUCCAGUUCAAUUUGCAGGUGCCGUCCAGAACGUCGCAAACGCUGCACGAGUCCGGGUUCCUGGCGCUGCACAUCCUUCCUCCAGUCAAGGAGUCUGUGCGGCUGGCCAGGGCGUUUUCGAGAGGAACGCAGGGGAACUGUAUGACGAAGCCGUUUGAGGAGCUCAGAAAGGACGAGUGGUCGUACUUCACGACAGAAACCCUGAAAAUACCUGUUCUUUCGCUCGCCGAGCGGAUUUUGAUCUGUGAAAAGCACCAGGUGUUUCGUGUAUAUAAUCAUGAGCUAUGGACGUGUCGAGUGCGGGAGAUUGUCCAACGGGCCGUCGACGCCGACGUCACGGGCGGGCUACUCUACUUCAACCGACGGUUCCAUGCGGUGGGAGGGAAAUUGGAGCAUUAA